AAUUAUAAUUUUGGUUUUAUUAGGCUUGCCCGCUUUUCUUGUAUCAAAUAUGUGAAUAAUGAAUAUCGACAUAGUAUUUUUUGUUUAAUAUAAAUAAUUCAUAAAAUAAUAAUGAAAUCAAUAAGAAUAGCUAAGAAAACACUAGCAAUGGCAGUUGUUUUAAGUAUAAUAUGGUUUUUGUUGUUCUGGAGUUACCUUGGAAUUUUAAGUUUCGAAAAUGUUGGUUCCAAAGCCAUUCCAGUGAUUGUUAAAAAUAAACUAUGCUCAGUGAACUAUGGAGACUACCGAACUAAUGUCAAUAACAACAAUACUUUGAAAAUGAUCUACUUUGUGACACCUACUUAUCCAAGGCCAGAACAAGUCCCAGAACUGACAAGGCUGGCUCAUACUUUGAUGCAUGUGCCCCGCAUACAUUGGAUAAUAGCCGAUGACCAACCUCUUUGUUCUAAUGUGGUUUUAAAUAUUCUCAGGCGGACUUAUCUACCAUUCACGCUCAUAUCUAGUCCAAAACCAUUUAUUUAUAAAGGCACUAAUUUCCCUCGUGGAGUAUCUAAUCGUCGCGCUGCUGUCACUUGGCUUCAAGAGAAUGUUUCAGAAGGCAUUCUUUAUUUCGGUGAUGAUGAUAAUACAGUUGACUUAGAAUUGUUUGAUGAGAUAAGAAAUACAAAGAAAGUGUCAAUGUUUCCUGUUGGUCUAAUUGGUGGAUAUGGAGUGUCAUCGCCUGUUGUUAAGAAUGGAAAGGUGGCUGGAUUUUUUGACUCGUGGCCGGGUUCUAGAACGUUCCCAGUGGACAUGGCAGGUUUUGCUGUCAACAUUAAAUUCCUAAAACCAAAAGCUUCUAUGCCCUAUAUAGCCGGUCACGAAGAAGACAAAUUCUUGGUCAGUUUGGACUUGAAAAUGGAGGAUAUUGAACCAUUAGCAGAUAAUUGUACAAGGAUCCUCGUCUGGCACACAAAGACUGCAAAAUAUAAGAAGCCAACAGUGAAAAUUGACCUGAAACAAUUUGAUGGAGAGCCCAAAUUCCAGAACUUUGUUAAUCUCCUCAAAGAGACCUCCAGGCUGGGUAUGGCAAAUAUUGAAUCAAGUAAUGGAACCAAACCGUAUAUUAUUCGUGAUCGUAAAAGCUAUGAAACCCUUACUGGUUUGCAGUAGAUUAUUUUAACAUAGAUAAUGUAUUAAUAGCUUUUGAAAUUCCUAAAUUUCAAAGAUUAUUUGUAUUGUUUCAUAUUUAAAUGUAUUCUAUUUAUCCAUAUAAAAAACAUAAUAUAGAUCGGCAUAAUGCAUUGUUUGUAAAUACAUAUUUAGUUAUGAACCAUAAUAUUAUUUACCCGAGUUAUGUUCCUUGGUUCUUUAUUUCCUGUCGCUAAAAUACAAAGAGGUACAUUUGAUAUAACAUGAAAUUUAGGCGUAAAAUUAACAUAGAGGUAUAAUAUUAUGAGUAUAUUUUUCAAAGUAUCUCAUUUAAGUAAAAUUUUACCCUCGUCCAUGUGUUAGGAAAGUCUGAUUUUAGUUAUUAAUUUUGUUGGUUCAUUUUUUUCUGUAAGUAGCUGUGAUGUAGUUUGAACUUCAGUUUAUAUUUUGUGGUUUCUUACAGAGUUUAGAUAAUAAGUGUUAAGUGUGUUUGUGCAUAGUAUCGGAAUUUAAACAUUCAAAAAGCGAACUUGCUUUCAAGUACAUUUUUCUAGAAUUAAUGAUCAUGUUUAUUUUUUAAAUGAUUUCUAAUUUUAUAUUUAUGAUUUUUUUAUAUGAUAAGGUGGCAUUCGAGUGACGGCCAUUUGAAUUCGCUGAAAAAAUCCAAGCAAUCAAGGCCCAUAGACAUCAACAUUCCUUAAUCGAUGGAUGGAUUGAUUAAGAUUUUUUUUUAAUUAAUGGCCAGGUUUAUUUAUAUUAAUGAUUAUUUUAUUUUAC